CGGUGUUUGCGAAUAAUGUUUCCAUUUUGGUGGAGUAACAUCAGCUAUCCAAAAGAAAAGCUUUCAUGGUGCAUUCCAGGCGUUGCUGCGCAGAAUUGAAAUUUAUGACGUCAUGGUUCCGCGAGAGCCUCCCUUUCUCGCGAUAGCUUGAUGUCAUGUGCGGUCGGUCUGAGCAGCACCGCAUAAAGUCGAACACAUUUGUUAAAACAGUGCCUAAAAUUCAUAAAACAUGUUACCAACGUAGAAAUAUAACUUAUUUAGAUGGCUCAUUAGCCCGCUCCAUGUAGAACCGUUGGCAUUUUGGAACGGUCCAGUUGCAGACGUCUCUCAGUUUUCCAUAAUACCACAUCAUUGUCCAGCCUCUGGAUGUAAACUCUUCAGUGCUAACGUAAUUCCCCCCAGAACUGAAAUAAGUUACAUCUUUACGGGUGAGAAUAUGUUUUUUUAUGUAUUAACUCGGUAUUACAGAAUUUUAAACUAAAGCAACGUUUAAUGUCGUGUUAGUUAAUAAUUUCGUCUUUGUGUUUAAAAUGUUUGUGUUUAUAAUAUUUGAUAAGCAUAAAAACUGCGGUUGUUGCACAGCUGCUGAGUGUUGUGUUCACCAACCGCAAGAUUUUUGCAACCAACCCCAUGUCUGGUCAAACCUAGCCAAAAACACAAAACGUUACUUUCAUAAAUAAAAUAAACUUACAUUCAUAUUUACGACGAGCAACAUCCUCUUUUUACAAUUAAAGUUAAAUUAGUGUUUUUAUUUUCACCUCAGUAAUGAUACUAACUAUACUUUGAAAUCAUAUGUAACAUAUUUGACAUAUGGAUGUAUAUGUGUUACUGGAAAUGUUACUCCUUCUCGAUAAGGGACAGCCCACCUCCGCUUUGCACACUCAGCCGCCCCGCAUAGACCUCCCCAUAUCUGGCAAAAUUCUGAGACAGAAAAAUACUGAACCAGUGGACAGAAAGAAGACAAAAGAUCACAAGCAAAAAUCUGCCAGAGAAGGACUUUAUAAAAUUUAGCAGAAAAAUGGAUCCCAAGAAGUCUUCAAAUGUGCCUCAAUCCAACUGGAAUUCAUCAGUGAAGCAGCCCGCACCACCACCAUACCAGGUCAACCCAGGAUACCCUAACCCUGCAUAUCCUCCACCAAUGGGUUAUCCGAACCCUUCUGGAUAUCCUCCACAGCAAAACGGAGCUCCUGUCCAGCAAUACGGACCUUCAGGUGGUCAGCCGUAUGUACAGUCCCCUUAUCCAGGACAGCCUCCGAUCAGUGUUCAGCCGACUGUUUAUGUGGGCCCCACUCCUCUGGCCCAUCCACUGCCAGAUUACCUGUGUUACUCCAUUUUUACCAUGUUCUGCUGCUGUUUACCUCUGGGCAUUGCUGCUCUGGUUUACUCCAUAUCUACUCGAAAUGCAAACAUGUCUGGAAAUCAAGGUGAUGCACGGAACAGCUCCAGAAUGGCGCGCAUCCUUAACCACUCUGCUCUUGGUAUCGGCAUCACCUUCAUUGUGUUGUACAUCAUCGCCCAAGUCGUUAACAAAAAUGGUUCACCAUAGAGGGCCCAGUGAGAGAUUUCCAAAUAUUAAUACCACAUACAAUGUUACAAAUAUAAUUGUAUAAACACGUUUGAUAUUCUGCAUUUAAAUGUGUAAUGUAUACAGCUUUUUAUGCUUAACAUUAAUUGGUUCAGUUUAUGGAGCAUUAAGGAAUGAUUUAGCAUGUUUAUUCAGACUGACCAACUCAUGUCCAGCCUUUUAUUAUCCACUGAAUUAAAACAAACGCUUUGAAUGUUUCUUGCAUUUUAACAGAAUAUAAGCUUUUGUGGUAAAUGUAUCAUAACAUUUGUUGUUUUUAUAUACAUAUUGUAUUAAAACUUCAGGUGGCCAAAAUGUAAA